CUAUAGGGUGUAAAAAAAAUAGAACCUUGUCUUGAGUUUAUGGUUGAUUUUUCAUCAUGAAAAAAAUAGUAAAACCUCUGUUUAUAAUAAACUGUCUGGUCUCUACAAGCAAGUGAGCAUGCGCAAUAAUGAUAUAGCCUAAUCUUCAAGGGUAGGAAGAAGGAAAAUUUUUCCUCGUCAUCGGGAUUGCCGAACUUGUAAAUUCUUUAUCUUAGUGUUCUCUGGUUAUUAAAAAGAAUUAAAUAUUUAUUCCUGAAGCGAGAUAUAAGCGUUCUUAUACAUAAUGUCUAAAUUAUUAGAACAAGUUUUGCAACUGGAUCCGGAUACAGAGUUGCAUUUUAAAGGGCCCUUCACAGAUGUUGUUACUUCUUACCUAAGUUUGUACAACCCAUCAGAACGACGGGUGUGCUUCAAAGUAAAAACAACAGCCCCAAAGAGAUAUUGUGUGCGACCAAAUAGUGGAUUUAUAGAACCAAAAGAAACUGUGCGUGUGGCAGUUAUGCUUCAGCCAUUUGAUUAUGAUCCACUUGAGAAAAAUAAGCACAAGUUCAUGGUCCAGACAAUGUUUGCUCCAAAUGGAGAUGUCAGCCUUGAAACUUUGUGGAAAGAUGCCAACUCUGAAAACCUUAUGGAUUCCAAACUAAAAUGUGUGUUUGAUCCUCCUCCUGACAAGACUCCUCAGGAUAACUUAGACCCUAAUACUGGACAUGUAGAAGAAAAAUCCUUAUUGAUUAAACCAUCUUCUGACACAGUACCAAAGUCCUCCCCAAAGGCUAGCAGUGCUGACCAAGAGUUAAAGAAGGUUCAAGAGGAAUGUAAAAGGUUAAAGGAUGAGCUAGCCGAGCUUCAGCAGUUAAACAGCAAACUUAAGGAAGAAGGACCAAGGCAGCGUAUUGCUCGUGGGAUAACAGAAUCCUCGUCUGUUAUUCAGAAACGUGAUUCUUCACACAGUGACAAAGUACAGUCAACAAGCACCACUGUUCCUUCAGCAGGAUCAGAGGAACUGCAACAGCCAACUUCCAUGAUGUUUCUCGUUGUCAUUGUUGCUAUUUUUAUACUGGGGUUCUUAAUGGGCAAGUUUUUACUGUAAAGUUGAAAGAUCACGGUUCAUUUCGGGCUACCUGACCUUCCAUCAUGCAGAGUCUGGAAGUUUAAUGAAUCUCUGAGGCUAACUGCCAUUGUAAUUCUGCUCUAUUCUGUUCACUAGUAGAGUGGCUAAUGGGGGAUAAAUAUUACUGCUGAGAUAUGAAGUCAGUGGUGCUAACAUACACUCUCAUGGUGGAUGAAAUUUACAAGUUUGAUAACUUAUUAGACUUGAAAGCUUUAAUUGCUAUUAAGUAUUGAAAGCUGUUAUUGGUAUAUAAAAAUAUAUGUAUAUUAUAAAAAAACAAUUGCUUAUCUCCUUGACUCUGAAAGAUAAGAAUAGCAGGUAUUCCUUGUCUAAAAGUAACUUAAAAGGGGUUUGGUUUGUCAUAAACGUUCUGAGAUAUUUAUCUUUUUUCAUCCCUCAACAGCCGAUUCUGUGACAUACAUUUAAUUACUUGUGUUGUUAAUUUAAGAGUUCAGGUUAAGUUGUCAUAUUAUUUAACAUGAACACAAAGUAUGAGAAACUUUUCCCCUUUCAUUAGGUAUGGUAAUUGCAGUAUAAGCCUUAAUACAUUAAUUUGUUGAGGGAAGAGGCUCAAAAUUACUUUAAAUAUAAUUAAAAAAAACUAAAAAGUAACACUGUUUUAGGCACCUUUAAAGCAAAAAUUUUAAACAAAGUAUAAUACUUCCAGUACUAUCAGGCUUAUUGUAUUUUUCAAACUCUUAUUGUUUUCCCAUGAAGAAAACCUAGUACCCAAUAGAGAAGGUAAUGUUAAAAACAUAAUAAGCACAAUAAUUUUGUCUUGUGACAAAUAUAAUUUAUUAUAAUCAUUCAUCACAAGCAAAGGGUAUUAAACAUCAUACCAAUUAUGAUACUUCUAUUUGUAGUCAGCUUGGAGUGAUAAACUCCGUAAUAUUGAAGGUUUAACAUAUAAAAAAAUUACAAGAUUACUUAUUUUCAACAGGUUACUUUCAUCACAAAAUUAUCUUAUCUAGUUUGGUAUGGGCAAGUUAAUUUUUUUUUUCUUUUUCUGCAGCCAAAAAUGUACAAAUAAUCUUUAAAAAGUUACUUAUCUGGGAAUAAAUUGGCUGUCAUAAUCUAGAUUGUUUAUUAACCCAUUCACUGUGGCUGGGACGUGUAUUUCUCGGUGCAGUGGGAAAUGUACUUUCCGGUCAUAGUGAAUAGGUUAAUAGAAUAAGAUAUCUUCAUGUUUUGUUAAGAAUUAUGUAAAAUCUGAAUAAAAAGAAUGGAUUCACAUCUUAAA